GUUAUUUCCGUUUGUCGCUGUCAUAACAAUAACGCAUAAUAACGUAGAACGACGCAAAUUAUAAAGUAAGUCAAAUAUUGGAAGACAAGCGCACACGUAAAGGUAUCAGUCACAACAUAACCACAAAGUGGAAGUAAUGAUUUUUGACAAUACAACAUAACUAAUGAAGAAACAAUGGAUAAAAUUUUAACAAAUACAUUAACAAUCUGUCGACGGCUAGUACCUAGAUCUUUAGCCACGUGCCAAUACCAAAUCAUCUUACAAAACUCUGCUAAACAUAUACACACAUAUAAUACUCAUAAGCUAAAACCAUGCUUGCUUUCUUCUACAAAACCAUUUGGUAUUGGUGAUAUGCAAAAACGUACAAUGUUUAUACAAACACAAGAUACACCAAACCCUAAUAGUUUAAAGUUUCUGCCUGGAAUUAAAAUACUUGAACCAGGCCAAACUAAGGAUUUUCCCAAUGCCACAGAAGCAUAUUGUUCACCGUUAGCAAAGAUUCUAUUCAGAGUUGAAGGCGUAAAAUCUGUAUUCUUUGGGCCUGAUUUUAUUACAAUUACAAAAGUAGAUGAAGAUGUUGAAUGGAAACUGUUAAAACCAGAAAUAUUUGCAGUCAUUAUGGAUUUCUUUGCAACUGGUUUGCCUGUGUUGAAUGAAGAACGACCUGCAGCAGAUACUCAAAUUAAUGAAGACGACGAUGAAAUAGUGCAAAUGAUAAAAGAACUGUUAGAUACUCGUAUACGACCAACAGUUCAAGAAGAUGGAGGUGACAUUGUGUUUGUGGGAUUUGAGGAGGGCAUAGUGAAGUUGAAAAUGCAAGGCUCAUGUACAAGUUGUCCCAGUUCUGUCGUGACUUUAAGAAAUGGAGUUCAAAAUAUGAUGCAAUUUUAUAUUCCAGAAGUUCUUGGAGUAAUACAAGUAGAAGAUGAAACCGAUCUUGUAGCAAAGAAGGAAUUUGAAAAAUUUGAAAAAAAGAUUGAAAAAUCUGAAAGCAAUGAGAAAAAGUAGAUCUUUUAAUUGUAGUUUAGAAAUCAUGUUAAAGACUUAUGUAAAUAAAUAAAUUAAACGUUCAUAUUUCAA